GUCACACACUAAUCACGUGCAGAGCUUAUGAUGACAAGCCUCGGUUUCACCAGAGCCUCCGGGGAGCCCAGGACUGUCCUGUGGCUUCGAUACAUACUUUGAUUCUUGUUCGAGUUAUAUGAUGGUGCGACAAGAAAGCGUGCACUGUAUGAGCGCCUGGCGACGCGGGGCCCUAUUAGUUGUCAUAAUCGUUUUUUCAGCCAGCGCAGCUCAUGCUGAGCGGCAUCAUGACGGCCUCGAAAAGGAGGCGGAGCUCAUGGCGUUGCGGAGGGCGCUCGCUGCAAAUGCAAGCUCUUCUGCAAUGGCGAUGUGCGUCUCGCAGCUUCUAGCAAUACUGAAACCAGUCGCUGCCAGGAAUAGUUCUCUCCAGACGGAUGAAGCUAUAAAGGAUGCGCUUAUCCAGGAGCUGACGGGGACUGAGGCGUGCGCUUCCGCUUUCGCGGCACCUUCGUCCGAUGAAACGGUAGUCAUCUCCACGUUGCGAUUCCCAGCAUGGUUUAACGGAGCCGUCACGACAUGGCUAAAAGGCCAGCUGCAGAGCAACCCCCAAGUGGUGGCGCUGUUGCAAGACGCCAUUAUCGAUGUGCCUGACACGCUGCCCGCUCUGGGCUCUUUUUCAGCGGGCUCCAUGCGGGACUACCUCACAGUGCAACAGAAUCAGUACUCGGUUGUGUCUAUGGACGUGUCUGGGUUGCCAGCAUGGAGCGUGUGGGCCAUGCUACAAACCGCGGAUCCGUUCGUAAUACCGGAGAACGUGUGCGUGAACGACACGGAGCCUCGCGGCCUGAUACACCCACGGGUGUAUCUGACAAUGUUCUACCGGGCCGAAGCGCUGGCGGCGCUGGCAGCUGGGGGCUAUGUCCCCAGCGCCGCGCCGCCGGACGACUGGGAGCAGCUGAUAGCGCUGCUGGAGGGGCACCGCCUGGCCAACAGCAGCAGCCGCAGCAACAGCAGCAGUGGGGGCGGCGUUAGCAAUAGCAGCAGCCUGCCCAAGUACGGGCUGUGCAUUUCCACACACCCGGCGUGCGGCCUUCUAGGCGACUUUUGGGCAGCGCUGGCAGCAAGCGUCCUGCAGACACAGGGCACGGAACAGGGGUACCUGUACGACCUAUCCACGGGCUCGCCGUCCUCCGCAAUCCCGCUGGCCAACAGCACUGGCUGGCUUUAUGCCACCGAGCUGCUGCGCCGCGUCUUGGUGUUCAACGCGCCGGAGCCCUUCGAUCUCACCACCAACAACCGCACCACAGACGGGGAAGUGGAGUGCACCGACGUCAGCGGCCACUUCAAAUCAGGCGACUGCAUGAUAACCUUUGACUGGGACAUCAUGCUCGGGGUCAUGAACACAACCCAGCUGCGGCCGCCGGCGGCGCAGCUGCUUGUGGCUCCGCUGCCCGGCAGCCGCACGGUGAUGGACCGGCGGGCCGGCAGCAGCACGUCGGGCCAGCUGGUGCCGUGCGACUGGGAGCUGUGCGGCGUCAGCGCCAACCACGACCUGCUGUACCUUGGGCUGCAGCAGGCGCCGCCGCCAUCAUCAGCAGUAGCAGCCGCAGCCGCGCAGCCGGAGCUGGCGCGCACCAGGGCGGCUGUUGCGGCUGCAGCACAAGCGCUGGAGCCGCAGGCACCUGUCAGCGUGCUGACAGCAAGCACUGGCUCCCUGCCGACUCACUGCGAUCCCUCAGUGACCGCGGCCGUCGAGUCGGCGGCUGUGCAGCAGGUGCUAUCGGCCGCAGGCGUUGAGCAGCCUGCGGCGGGGGCGCUGGUGAACCGCGCGCCGUACUCGGCGUGCAUGAUGAGUGCCAACAAGUACCAAUCCACAGAUGCAGGCUUGACCCUCUCCUCGCGCACCUUUGCGACGGUCGGCGCCAUCAUGACUUCUCUCUUGGACGCGGAGUACGUCCGCCGCAACGUGGCGACCGUGAUGGCACGUGCAGCUCUGGGAUACCCAGUUGCAACCACCGGCGUUAUGCUGACAACCACCGCGUACGGGAGUAUGAGCGCAAGCAACAGCAGCAGCAGUGGAGUCAGCAGCGGCGCCAGCAAUAGCGCCAGCAGUAACAGCAACGACACCUUGACAGCAGUGAACGGGACGGCGGCCUCCGGCAACAGCACCGCUGCGGCGGGCUCAGCGGCGGCUGACACCGGGAUGCUACUGUACCUGCGGAUGCGGUGGUGGACGGCGCUGCGGGAGCCGUUCAACGUGUCGGGCUUUGAGGGCACAGGGAUUAGCAACGACGCAAUCCAGUCAUGCGCGCAAGCCGUGUGGCAUGGGCUGCAUGCUCCCAACGCGGCGCCCGAGGCCUCGUCGCCUUCGUCCGUGAACUUCAUCAAGUGGGGCCUUGCGCGCGCAGCGAAUAUGCUUAUCCUCCCAAUCAACACCAGCACGGCUGCAGCCAACGCAAGCGCUGCUCUCCAAGAAGUGAUGUACAUGGUGAACGAGGCAUUUACGGAGCAAGCCACACGGACCAUGUACGAAUCAAGCAUCGACUACCAGCCACAGAGCAAGGCACCCAGUAAACAAGGCGCUGUCGGCCCCGGCAGCAAGGCGAUAAGCAACCAGGCUCUGGCUGGCCUGCUGGUGGGCCUGAUCGCGGCCGUCAUCCUGGGCGUCGUGGUGGUCGUGUUUGUGGCGCUGCGGCUGCGGCGCCGCAACCGAGACCUCUUGGGGCGCGUGCGGGCUCCACGGGCGGGCGUUGACACCACCCUGCUCAUCAGCGACAUCCAGAACAGCACGCGGCUGUGGGAGGAGCUGAGCGUUACCACCAUGGACGCGGCGCUGAAGAUGCACCACGCCACCUUUCGCAAGCUCAUGCCGGCGCAUGACGGCUACGAGAGUGCAACUGAGGGCGACUCGUUCAUCAUCGCCUUUCCUUCUCCCGCCAGUGCACUGGCCUUCGCCACCGCCUGCCAGCUGGCGCUGCUGCACCAGGACUGGCCGCAGGAGCUGUUGCAGCACCCGGACGGCGCGGUAGUGGCGGUGGAGGCGAGGGGAGGCAGGGAAGGGACCGGUGGCUUCAGGCACAGCUGCCGCUCUCCGGCCAAGUCGAUGCGGAACUUGCGUGGCGACAGCCGCCCUCAGAGCUGGCAGCCUCUCAGCGCUGUCAUCUCGCUGUGGGACCGCCUGUCUGGCCGGGCCAAGCAGCGGCAGGCUGUCGGCUCAAGCAGGGGCCUUGCAGCCGGGGACAGCGAGCUCCGGCUUAGCGGCGCAGCCCUUCACACAGGCACCAGCGCCGGCGCACUUGCCAUGUCGCCGGAGCCGCACCUUGUGCAGCUACACCUCGACUCUGGAGGCACAGACGUUUGCGGGAGAGCUCUAACCGAUGAAGGACCCAGCUCGUACGGCGUCCGGAGCCCCGACGCCGGCGGUGAAACGGGCGAGAAUCAUGUCCCACAGCUCACCACUGGUGCACAGCUCACCGCCGGCUCGCCGCAACACAUACAGCCGCAGCUGCCACCUGUCUUAGCAAAGCUGUCGGAGGGAGGUAGCGGCGCGGCAGGCUCGGAGCAGGAGCAGCAGGACGGUAGCAUCAACAGCGCGUUACAUCACGAGCCUGGAGAUCAUGCCGGGCAGGUGCAGGCGACACCUGGUUCAGACGUUGAACCCUUUAGUACAACUAGCUACUCCACACUGGCUGCAGUGUCAGGCAUCACGGCAGCAACUGCGUCCAUCGGUACAACUUGGGGUCGGGUCCUGGCCAUGAUGUAUCCACCAGAGAGCGUGACGAGCAGCGCGGGCACUGGAAUCAGCGGACCAGCGACGGGAGGACUAGGCGGGGCUGUGACACCUCUGCGGCGCCUGAUACAGACGGCGUAUUCCCACAGCGGAGCCUUGGGUCACGGCAACAGUGCCAAAAUCACUUGCUUCCGGGGCCCCCGCGUGCGAAUGGGCAUGCAUUGCGGCCUGGACGACGGGCGGCACGUCGUGUGGAACCGAGUCAACUCAACUUUUCAGUACACGGGUCCGUUUGCGGAAACUGCGAAGCUAGUGUCCGACGCGGCACACGGCGGCCUCGUGACCCUGUCCGCUGCGGCGUUCGCGCGCUACCGCAACUGCACUUCCGCCGCCUCGGGCGCCGCAGAACACGUACCUCGCAAGGCCCACGGCAUUGUCAUUGCCUAUGCGGGGCACCACGUUCUUUCGAAUAAGCCGCCCACGGCGCUCCCAGCGUCCCUGAAGGGCGGUGAGGUCGCAGCCUCGUCAAACGUGUUUGCGGAGCACGUGAUGCUGACAUUGAACGAUGGAGGCGACGGCGCGUGCGUGGCGGCGACACAGGCUGCGGAGGCCAUUUCAGGGCAGGUGGCACUCUUCGUGGCGGUGCCGGCCUCGCUGCUGUGCCGGCUGGCGCACACGCCGCCGCUGCGCACCUUGCGGCAGGUGCAGCUGGGCAGUCUGGCAGCGCCCACUGGCAGCGUCACCAUUGCAUUCAUGAAAGUCGUGGGCGCCUCCACUCUGCUGACGGAGCUGCCCGGUCCCGCCAGCCGGGCCCUGGACCAGUUCCAGCGCCUGGCAUGCGGGCUGCUGAUGGGUGCGGAGGAGACCACUGAGCACGGCGCCGCCUUGGACUUCCGUGGCCGCAGCGGUGGUUAUUUGGUGGAGGGCGGCGAUGGGCUGGUGCUGGCGGCGUUCGGAUCCCCGCGGGCGGCUGUGGAGUGGGCGCUCGACACGGUGGAGGCGCUGCGAGAGCUGGUGUGGGAGGAGGAGCUUCUGGCGCAUGAGCUGUGUGAGGAGGUCCUGACUGUAUCCCCAGGCGCGGUUACGAAUGCCGCGACCAUGUACGCGGCUGCUAGUGCCCUGGCCCCGCAUGCAGCCUCGUUUCAUUCUACUCGCGGUGGGCGCGCGCCCAGCCCCUCGCCGCUGGGCCCAGCUGACCCGCGGCUGGGUGCCUUGGCGCCUGCGUUCACGCCGGCACCAGUGUCGGCUUCGCCACCGCAGCUGUCAUGGCUGCACCAGUCGCACUCGAAUCCGCAGCUGGCCGGCACUGACGCACUUGCGCUGCUCCGGGCUGGCAGCACCCGGGUCGUGGCGGCGGCAGAGCGGCGCACCACCGAGCGCGGCCUUCGUGUGAAGGUUGGUCUGGACGUGGGCCCGGUGACCUACAGCCUCACGGAGUCGUCGGGCCGGCUGUCUUACCGUGGCCGCGUCAUGAACAGGGCGGCCCGCAUCGCCGGCACCGCCAGCCCGGGCCAGGUGCUUUGCAGCGGCGCCGUGUGGGCGGCGUGCGAGGCGGGCAUGGCGGCGGUGCCGCUGCCGGGCAGCAGCCAGCAGCUUGUGGGCGUGAGCCUGGGCAAGGUGGCUCUGAAGGGCAUCACGUCACCUGUGGAGAUAUUCCAGUGCCAGCGCGAGGGCUGCUGAGUGGCGUCGUUGCUGCAAAAGCAGUGCCGGCCCCUGCCUUCGGCCGGGUCAUGCAGCCUAUGUCAGGACGCAAUGAAUGUUGCAGUAUGUCACACUUUCGGCACACCGUCGCGCAAACGGCAGGGCCAGCAUGCAACGAUUUUCUUAUUGUGCGCGGCGCAGGGCGUCGAAGCAACAUCAUUUAUGUUCGUGAAUACUGGUGUGAAUGAACUGUGGGCUUGCGUUGUCACGCUGAUACGAUCAUACGAGUGCAACAAUUAGUAAGGGCAGUGCAGGCCAUGCCGAUGUUUUGGGACGCUUUGCAACCCGUGUUUACAUUCAUGAUCUUUAGUCAUGUCCAUGAUGCGUGGAAACUGGAGGCUGCACGGUCUGUCAGCGCUGUACUUAGGUUUCUAUGAUGCUGUAGACUUCCGUCAGGGUCUACGGCUACCGUGUGCGGAUCUUGCGCGUGCAUAUUUCGCUGAGGGCUACAGUAGCAGUGUAUUGAUGUGGGGAUUAUGUGCUGCUGCCAUUUGCUCUGGGCUCGGUAUUUAAGAACGGCUGGUGUCGGUGUUCCAGCUAUUGGGGGUGCUGUUUCAUGCCGGGCCCGGGAGCAGUAUGAAACGCAUACGAAGGCUGUCCUGUCGCUGUAUGGUGGCCGGUGGUGGCCGCUCCGUGCGGGUGGGGCGCGGCGCCUGGGCGAGGGGGGGGGGAGCGGCCUGACCAGGAGAAGAUGAUAAGGCCCGGACAAUCGACUGGGGCUGUGCGCGGGACACCGUCGCGCAACAUCCCCAGGCUAGCGCCACAAAAUUUCUCCAUAACCUGUGUCCAGAUGCACCCGUCGAUACUGAUACAGUUUGCAGUUUUGCACAGCCUGCUUGCUUUGUCGGCUCCGUACGAAUUGCCCAUUGUAAAGGGACCCUCGG